GCAGUUGCUAACGUAAAUCCUAGUCGUCUGGUAAACUACGAUAAGAAAAGAAAAUGUUUUGAAGUUCUGAAAAUGGAAUUAAAUCUUUUUCGAUUGAUUUUUGUUUCUGCUGUUUUUCAGUUCAGUUACGGACGAGAACCAUGCUAUCAGUAUGACAAAGAAUCUACAGAAACAUGCACAGGUUUAUUUGGAUUUUGGGGAUGCAAGAAAGUCUACAGGCAGGUGGUAAAAUGUUGUGCUGGGUAUUAUGGAGAGAACAAAGACUGGUCAAGACCGAAAUCGUCGUUGGAGUGUACAACACCGAAGUGUCGCCAGGGAUAUGGUGAGCAAAGUUGUAACGUACGUGGAGAGGGAUACGUUAAACACAAAUUUAAAACUGUAACAAACAGUGGCGGAGAAUGUGUUGCUCCUUCGUUAUGCGAGAACUGCAAUGAAGGUUAUUAUCCAGUGACUGAUCGAGGUGGAUAUUGCAAAGCUUGUGUGAAACCAGAAAAAUGUAAUCUGCCUUCCUGUACAGAAGAAGAUGAUGUCAUAUGUAAAUACUGUGAUGGUGAAUACACUGCGAACAGGAAAGGUUAUAAUAUCUACACAAGUGUCCCAGACCCUACAAAAUGUCAAAGAACGUGUUCAUGGGCAGACGGUGCCAGGUGUUAUCCGGGUGUAUGUAAUGGAAAUAUGAUUUUGAAGGAUAACUGCAAAUGUGCUUCAGGUUUCACUGGGACUUUCUCAGACUGUGCAACGAUUACGCAGGGCACAAAUAUACUAAAACAUAUAUUACGAUUAGAAGAUGGGGAUGAUACAAAGCCAGCGGUUCUGCUUGACAAAUCUCUAACAACAGAUGUUAAAUGGACAAAGGAUGGCUUUUGGUCCAAUAUUGCAGUACAUGUUUUGUCAUCAUAUGUUCCAAACAUUACCGCUGACCCUAAACCAAACUAUAUAUUAAAUGACUCUGUUUAUGGAAUAGCUGAAAUGACCGUGAGGGUGACAUUCAUGAGAGGAUCAAGCCAACCAGUAUGGGAAAUUAAGGCACCGCAGUGUACAGUAAAGAAGCCAACGUGCGUUCUAAGUGUUAUGAAGCCGUUGUCUACUAUAACUGAAUGGAAUGAAAUAUUUCAAAAAGACCUUUCAUUUAGUCAUUCGGACAGAUUAAAAUUUAGCAUAUCUGCUAAAAACGGAGGAUAUAUAACUUACGAGGACAGGUCUAGUUUUUAUCCUGAACACUAUUCUGAAAAGUCUUAUCAGUUGAGAGGUAAAGUGACGACGGAGAUUCUUGAACUCGGAUUCGACAUGGUACCACCUGUGCAUUGUUUUGAAAUAAGCUUCUGUAUAGACGAUCCUUUACAUGCAAAAGAUAUAUUGAAAGAGCCUAAAGUCAUAGUAAAGUGGGAAGGGUGGUCUGACGACCUCUCCGGUAUUGGCAAAUACGAGUUUUACAUCUGGUACCUAGCAAAAAAUGGCAAUAGUUUAAGUCCUCUGGAAAGAAAAUAUUUACUGUCACCUGUACCGUAUGUAAAUGCCUCCACUCAGUUUGAAGUUACACUUAAUUUAGAAGAACCCGGGCCAUACUCUAUCGAGAUGAUUGUUUAUGAUAAAGCGGAAAAUACGAAAGCUGCAAGAAGAAUUAUUUUUUUCGACAAUGCCUCUGUUGUUGAAACGUACGGGUCACCGCCUAAUGUUGUACAGGCUGCUGUCGACGGCUGGAUUAACACAUUCUGCACAAUAAUAGAAAUUGUGUGGCCGAAUAGGUACCGGAACGUAAAACAUUAUGAUCUAGGUUGGUUAAAUGCUGUGAAGGAUGCAAAUAUAUCGAGAUUUCUUGAUGAUCGCAACGGCAGAUCGUCAAGAACUAUAGAAAAAGUACCUAAUAUUAAAGGAAUUGUCCGUUUUGAAAUUGCCUUUUUGGUUGAAAUAAAUAAACAGUUGACAUACACAAGUUUCGUACCAGUUCCUGAUGAAUAUUUUCAUUCUCAAAAGAUGAUAUAUGGAAACGAAAAGUUGAUUGACGGCAAAAAGCUGACCUACACAAUCCGUGCAUUUGAUAUUGUUGAUGAAUUCGCCGAGGACAAUGUUACUGUGAUGAUUGACCUCUCACCUCCAGUUAUUCAGAACCUUUGGCUUACGAAAGGAACGUUCGAAAACAUAAGCGUUCACAGUGUUCUUGAGCUGACUGAUCUUAGGAUUGAAUGGGAAACCUUCGACUAUCACAGCGGUAUACAUGAAGUGUCAUGGAAGAUAUUUGACAAUUUUACUAAAACUGUUGUCGUUCAUGGACAGUCUAACGAACCACCACAGGGCGAAGCAAAGACGUUAGGCGAAUGCAAUCAGAAGUAUGGAUUAUAUCCUCGGGGACCAAAUUGCUACUGCUCACCAUAUAAUGGAUGCUUCCACAGGCAUUAUCAAAUAAAACCACUAAUAUCAGUUGACAGUAACAGCGGCUUACAUGUUGGUAAAGAAAGAGGAGAACAUGAUUAUGACUACUUCAUAGAAGUGGGUGUGAAAAAUAAUGCUGGGUUGAUAACUGUACAACAUAAAAAGAUAACGAUUGACGCUUCUCCGCCACAUGAAGGUACCGUGCAUGAUGGAAUUCCUGGAACCUCUGAGACUGACUUUCAACAGUCGUUACAAAUAGCAGGGUAUUGGGACGAGUUCUUUGAUAAAGAAAGUAGCGUGUGGUUCUAUACCUAUGGAUUUAGCCAACAAUGCUUACAAGAACACGAUCUAGAUAUACAUUUGAACAAACAGGUGAACUGGACCUACGACAGUACAGCAGAAUUUACAGCGCAAAAACCUGGCAAAUAUCACCUGACAGUAAUGGCAUACAACCACGCCCUUGAUAACUGCAAGCCUGUUUGUUCUGACGGUGUUACCAUAGAUAUCAUUCCAGCUGUAGUAUCAGAAAUCAUUGUAAAAAAUGCGGUGACCGCUGAUGGUCUUGUCAAAAGUUAUGAAAAUGAAAUUGUUUAUGUUCUACAUAGAAACAGAGAAUUAGAGAAGGUUUUACUUCCAUCGCAAAUUUGCAAAAAACGGGCCACAACUGUGCACGAUUCUGUAUUAAAACUUUACCCACAUAAAAAGCGUAUAAAUGGGACAAAGAGUUUUGUGGAGUUGAGUGACCAAUGUGAUGAUCUGUAUGGCGUCAAUUCAGACUUAACUGCAUACAUAACCUCUGAUUUGAGGGUUGAUAUAUCUUGGAAUGUUACAUCCGGUGCUACUAAUGUGCAUGAUUUCGAAGUUGGAAUUUCGUCUGAAAAUUCUGAAUUUCCGGAUGUUAUGGACUUUACAACGUCGCAUCAACAUCAACAUAUACGUUUGUUUCAUCCAAAUAUUUUUGACGGGGAACAUUUUUAUGUUUUGAUUAAAGCAAUAACGAAGUCAUCAGUUAUAGACAUAAAAGUAAUUGGUCCUUUCCUCUACGAUACAGCAAAACCGGAAUUUACGGGAGCAGUAAACUUGACAGUUGAACAAGCUAAAGAUGACACAUUUCUUAUCGCCAGAUGGGCUGUAAAUGCUUUUACAGAUCACGGGGAUCCUAAUGCUUUAUCAUAUGAAGCGGCUAUUGGUUCCAACAGAAAUGCUCAGGAUAUCCUACCAUUUAAUAGACUCUCCAUUGGUGGAAGUUGUAAUUCACUAAUACCUCCGACAUGCACGGCAUUUUCAACAAAUUUCCUUCCUUGGCAUCUGCAUGGAGAACAGUAUUAUUUUGUGACGAUUCAAGUUCGAGACACAGCGGGGAAUUUUGUGACAGGAUCCUCCAAUCAAUAUAGACACAAUGUUGAACUUGCUUCAAAAGGAGUUGUUCAAGACGUUGGCGGUACAUCAGAACAGUUUGUAGACAUAUAUGACAUAGACUUCCAGAUAAGUACAUCAAAGUUAACAACAAGAUGGUCAGGCUUUGAGCAUCCGCACGAAGAUAUCAUCAUUACGGUGUGCAUUUCUAACGCUUCAAGUGCUGAAUACAUGACUUGCGAGCGAAGUGAUGAUAUAGGCAGACAUGUCUUUACUGGUCUCAGUCUCAAACCAUAUGAGACAUAUUACCAUGCUGUGAUAGCCAAUACAGAGGCGGGAAACAUUACAGCAGUUUCUGAUGGUGUCACCGUGGUUAUCGACGGUGAUGAAAUUCAAGGAAUACAAGUGUUAGAUGGACCGCAAUGUAACGAUUCAAACAACGACGAUCUAAAUCUUACUACGUCACAUCAUUUCGAGGACACACGUGUGCCUUGUAAACCAGAUAAGGAUUUUCAGUCUUCCACAAAUAUUCUUCAAGGCCAUUGGAACAUUCCAAAGAAAAAGAGAAAUUACCUUAGAGAUACAUACUGGGCAAUGGAGGAACGAGCCCCAAUAGCUGAUAUUUGGAAGAUGCGUAUUGAUUAUCAACAUUUGAGAACAACAUCAUCUUAUAUUGAGAAAGGUGGUUUGACGUUGUCUCCUGGAAGGACAUAUAGGAUUUCAUUAAAAUUCUGUGCAGAACAGUUCUGCUUCAAACCUGUGCACAGCGAUGGUGUUACUAUUGUGCCAAAUCCUCCAUUAACUGGGAACAUGUCAGUGACUUACCCAGACAAUAAAACAUUGAUACAAGUGUCUUUGGAACCGUUUAAGGAUUCGGAUAUUGAAGACUUGUCUCAGUCCCUUACAGUCAUGGAUCAUUAUGAAUGGGCAUUUGCCGAUGAAUCAAAGUUAGGUCGUCUGUUAACAAAAUGGCAGCGGAUAUCGCCUACAGAAUCUUUGACUGACACGCUGCUGCAUUUUGUAGUAGACCUAAAUGAGGACAUUGGAUUUAACAAAUGCUGGAUACUAGCAUUGCGAGGGUAUACCAAAGCUGGCUUGUCGUCCACGUUGUCUUCUGAAAUCAGAAACUGUCAAGAUCUUCAGCAGGUUAGACCUAGUGUUGUCAUUGACGCUGUUGGAGAGCCUAUGUCAUCAGAGAAUGCCCAUGUUGGAAAUGAAAUAUUCCUUGAACAAAACGAUGAUUGGAAAGAGUCGGAUAAGGAUUACACACCAUAUAACAACAUUAUAUCCGCGGUUUGGCCAACUUUGAGGCACGCGCAUUACACGUGGGCGGUGUUACUAUUCAAAGAAGACGACCCAACAAUAUUUUACGAUCGAUCCAAUAAGCUUGAUUUGAGAAUCCCUUGUGAACACCCUGAUGCCAUUAAGUGCGGUGAAACAGUCCAUGAAUUCAUAAACGUGAAGUUUGAGCCAGGUGAACUAAAACAUGGCAAUCGUUACAUCGUUUGUGUACAUGCAAAUAUAACAUAUCUUCAACACGAGUUUUGGGAACAGGAACUGGAAGAAAUUAAGCAGUGUAGUAAUGGUGUAACUGUUGACAUUACACCGCCAGUAGCUGCAGACGUUUGGAUAGGACAUGAGAAACAAUAUCUAUUUCAGACGUCAACAUCGGAGUUAUCAGUGAACUGGAAUUCCUUUGUUGAUGUAGAAGAAGAAGGUUUUGCUGCACAUGCAAGCGGAAUUACACACUACGAGGUAGCUUUAGGAACUAGUGCAGGUGGUGUAGAUGUUCAACCUUUCACAAAUGUGGGACUCACAAACCACAAAACGUUCCACAACCUUAAAUUACAAAACGGGCACACAUAUUUUGCAACUGUAACCGCGUACGAUUUUACUGGCCAGUUUUCAAGUUCGAAAUCAGAGGGAAUCAAAAUUGAUACAACACCACCACAACUGACAGAAGCUGCUUCUAUCACUAUUCCUUCUAGGCAUAUUUCUAACACAGAAUUUGUGGAGGCUUGCUGGACUGGUGUAUUCAGUGAUUUAGAGAGCGGGAUAUCGCAUUUUAGUUGGGCAUUAGGAACACAUGCUGGCUACGAUGACAUAUUCAUGUUUGAUAAUAUAGAGGAAGAAUGUGCACAAACACCAGAAAACAAACCUUUGUCUUUGAAAGAGGGACAUGCGUAUUUCGUCACUGUGAAGGCGUAUAACGCAGCUGGACUUUAUACAGCAACAUCGUCUUGGGCUAUUACUGUGGAAGCAACGCCGCCCGUACCUGGUAAAGUGUACGACGGCCCUCCAGGGAGUGAUGGUUCCUGUGUUGAUAUAGACUAUGUCGAUAACCGAUCCACAUUACAAGCCCACUGGAAAGGUUUCCAUGACCCUCACAGCGCUAUAGUAGAAUAUUUUGUGAAUAUUGGAUCGUGUAAGAAUUGUGAAGAUGUCCUGGUAAAGCAACCUGUGGGGAUGAUAUCAGAUAUCAAAUUUACAUAUCUUCAGCUGUCAGAAGGACUCCAUUAUUUUGUGACUGUAACAGCAUGUAACACAGCUAAUCUAUGUUCGUCAGUGUCAUCUGAUGGAUUUGUUGUUGAUUCAACCCCUCCAGUAAAAGGAAUAGUUAUUGACGGACCAUUUGAUACUGAUGUUCAAUAUCAGGCAUCUAGGGACUAUCUUGGAUGUAAAUGGGAAGCUUUCACAGAUUCCCAAUCAGAUAUUUCCCACUACGUAUGGAGAGUAGGAACAACAAAAGGUGGUGACGAUAUACUGCCAGCUACAAAUGUUCACAGACAUGAGGAAGCUUUUAUUUAUAAUCUUCACUACGAAUAUGCAUAUUUGCCGAAAGGAAUGCGUAUCUAUUGCUCAGUUCGAGCUUAUAACAAAGCAGGGACAUUUACUGAAGCGUCAUCGAAUGGUUUCAUUGUUGAUGAUUCUUCUCCGACGUUUACCACCCAGUUAUCAAUGUCACCGAUUGGAACAAUUAAAAAUCGGACAUCAGUGCUUCGAACAACUAUGAAACUCUUUUGGGACGUAGAAGAUAGCGAGUCUUUUAUUGAAAGUCAACAUUUGUCUAUUUCAUCUCAUAUCGGAGGUGACUUUAAUCUUACAUCUAUAACGGUAGAGGGUAUAGUAAGAGAUUACACUUUGACUGACUUGGACUUUCAUGAUGGAAGUUAUUACUGUUUCAAGCUUAUAUCCUGUAAUGGUGCAAACCUUUGUACUGAAUCAGUACUCGCAGAUAUCUUGGUUGACAGUACUAGACCAACACCAG